AUGGCACCGAAAACCAGUGGAAAGGCAGCCAAAAAAUCCGGCAAGGCCCAGAAAAACAUCGCCAAGGGAGAUAAGAAAAAGAAGAAGAUCCGCAGGAAGGAAAGCUACGCUAUCUACAUCUACAAAGUGUUGAAACAGGUCCACCCUGAUACCGGAGUAUCCUCGAAGGCGAUGAGCAUCAUGAACAGUUUCGUCAAUGACAUCUUCGAACGCAUUGCAUCCGAGGCAUCGCGUUUGGCCCAUUACAACAAACGUUCGACGAUUACCUCUCGCGAAAUCCAGACCGCCGUUCGUCUGCUUUUGCCAGGAGAGUUGGCCAAGCACGCCGUUUCGGAAGGAACCAAAGCCGUCACCAAGUACACUAGCUCCAAGUAA